CCGUGUAAGAGUGAGGUGGAGGAGGACAUUCCAGUCCAUGUGACCUCAGAAAAUCCCAGUAAGAAUUCUGAGGGGAAUGCUUUGUUGUCACUAGAUUAUAAAGAUAAAGAUGUCCUGCAGCGCUCUUCAGGAGGAAACGUCAUUACCCUGAUUGUAUAUCCAGCACUUCACAGUACAGAUCUAUCAUAUAACCCCCCUAAUCAUAUGGAAUCUUCUCCUGACCAAUCACAGAUUAUUACACGUCCAUAUCUAUCAUAUAACCCCCCUAAUAAUGCGGAACCUUCUUCUGACCAAUCACAGAAUGUCACGUAUACUGGGCAAAAAGGAGUUAAAAGGUUUCAGUGUCAGGAAUGUGGAAAACACUUUACAAAAAGUUUAGGUCUUUUGAGGCACAGAAGAAUUCACACAGGAGAGAAGCCGUAUUCAUGUUCAGUAUGUGGGAAAUGUUUUACCCAGAAAGCAGAUGUUGUAAAACAUGAGAGAAUUCACACAGGAGAGAAGCCAUAUUCAUGUUCAGAAUGUGGGAAGUGUUUUACCCAGAAAUCAAGCCUUGAUCAUCAUAAAAGAAGUCACACAGGAGAGAAGCCUUAUUCUUGUUCAGAAUGUGGUAAAUGUUUUAAAGAUAAAUCCAAUCUUGCUAUGCAUGGGAGAAGCCACACAAGGGAGAAGCCAUAUUCAUGUUCAGAAUGUGGGAAGUAUUUUAAAAACAAAUCAUAUCUUGUAAAACAUGAAAGAAUUCACACAGGAGUGACGCCGUAUUCAUGUUCAAUAUGUGGGAAAUACUUUAUAGGUAAGUCAAAUCUUGUUGUACAUGAGAGAAUUCACACAGGAGAGAGGCCAUAUUCAUGUUCACAAUGUGAAAAAUGUUUUACAAAUAGAUCAGAACUAGUUAUACAUGAGAGAAUUCACACAGGAGAGAAGCCAUAUUCAUGUGCAGAAUGUGGGAAAUGUUUUCGAGGUAAAUCAGAUCUUAGUAGACAUGAGAGAAUUCACACAGGAGAGAAGCCGUAUUCCUGUUCACAGUGUGGGAAAUGUUUUAAAAAUAAACAAUGUCUUCUAAGACAUGAGAGAAUUCAUACAGUAUAGAAGGCUUUUUGAUGUUUUGUAUGUGACAAAUGUUUUACAAGGAAAUAAAAUGUUGAAUCUCAUCAGAGAAUUCACACAGAUAACAACCCAUAUUUUUUCAGAAUUGUGGGAAAUGCUAUGCGCUUAUUCACAUAUAUUAAAUAGCCAGUAAAAGUUUAUUUUUUGGGUAGAAUCAGUCUGGAUCUGUCAAACACAGAAAUUAUAUUUACUUGAGGCCAACAGUGACUGGGAUUCAUGGAGGAAAAGUAUUGUGGAUAUGAGGAGGAUAGUGGACUAUAAAAGACAAAAGAAACGCAAGACGUUACUUAGAUAUUUACAACAACGUUUACUGAUUUGGAUGUGAAAGGGAUUCUGUCACCUCGUUUUAGUUUAUAGAGCUGCCGACAUGCACGGCUAGAUCGCCGCUAGCAUGUCCGCAAUAUACCUGUCCCA